AUGCCCCCCAUGAAGUCUUAUAUCAAUCCGCUCUCGGUCGUACCUCACACAGGUCGCCAUCGGCUCCCAAUCAUGCCACCAAUUUCCUCCUCAACCUACACAGACGAGCUUCGAUCGCCAGUCUCUCCUGCCUACGACCUCCCUUCCAUGCCACCUCCACCAUUGACGGGAACUACAUCACCCCUCAUGGCCGACGCCUGCGAGGCGGAGUUUGUGGACGGACGGUUGCUGCAAACCCAGCAACAGGGUCUCCACUCCUCGAAAGCCAGCAGCGAGCGUGGAAAAACGCGGCUUCCACCCAACGAUUUCUCCAGUCAUAUUCUAAGAUCGCCUGAAGCUGACGAUCACCCCAAAAGAAUACAAGACUUGGAGAGGCGUAUAGCUUUAAUAGAGGUAAAGCUGGAAAUGUCGACUUUUGCUUCACCAUCCCAGCUCGGUCGAGUAUACGAAUCGCAUAUCGGGAGACAGACAUAUGACCUAGCAUUCCCUCUGUCUCCAUAUGCAAACAGCGAUCAAUCUCUCCGACUUCCGGCCAUCCAUGAAGUCGCACCAGAAAGAGCGAAUCUGCACAUGAGGAAAACUCCGAAUAAGCAUCAGUCUAGACGCUGUAUUGAGGGGCGGAGCAGUAAGAUGCUAAGCUUGUCGGAUAUGUGCACACCACCUGAUGAAUUUCACGCUGCGACAACUCCAAAAGAAACUCGGAUUAAAAAGGAAAUUAGUUGCAAGCCAGCGAAGAUUUGUGUGAAGGAUACUCGCUACACACGAGAUCACCCGAUGGUAGUCGAGUAA